UCUGCUCCGCAAGAUAAACCGACGGCCGUCGUCAGCGCUGGAUUUAUUUUUUGUAGAAUCUCCCAGUUUCGCCCCGCCCGCCCCGCCCGCAGGUCCGUGGCCAAAGCAAUCCGUGGUGGGGGGACGCUGCUAGCAGUUUCAUCUAAAAAAUCAAACUAAAAUCGAGCGUCAAGAGCUCCCAAUCCUCUUCAUCCUCCCCUUCUCAUUCUCCUUCUUCCCUACGGCGGCAGACGAUGUAGACUCGAAGAGACAAAACGAUUAAGAGUGUCACGCAUGCAUUCGUUGAGUGGGCUCAGCGCAGAAGCAUCCGCGUCAGAGUUUGUGUAUUGCCCGCGGGUGUUCUUCUCCUCCUGCUGCUGCUUCGUCUUUGUGGAUCCCUUGCGCGCAUCAUUGCGUCGUGAUAUAUACAUACAGUAGGGUUGUGCUCGCUCCUGGAUGAGCGCAGUCAGUACGCUGCUGCUGCUGCUGUUGUUGUUGGGAGAGCUGAAUAAGUUUCCGUUUGUGUAUCGAGUAUGCGCAUAAUGAGUUAAGCUCCAGCAAUGAUUUAAGACAAAAACAACAACUACCACUACCACUACAGCAGCAGCAGCGCGGAUGAAUCUCCGAGCCACGCCACGAAGAGCUCCGACUGCACUCCCGCAAACUGUCGCCCGAUGCAACGCACUGCGAGAAAACUAAAACUCGGGAUCGCAAUGACCAAGCUGGUCACCAUGCGCGUGAUCCAUGGCCACAAGAGGAUGCUGUUCCCCGUAUUGCUGCUUGUUCUGGCCAUGGCCGUCCUGGUGGUGCUCAUCCUUGGCUCCGCCCCCCCACUGCUUUUGCCCCGCCCCCUCAUGGCCUCCUUGACUCCGCCACCCCGUGGCCUCCUCAGCCCUGCCCCGAUGGGGGGGCACGCUCGAGCUGAUGUGCGGCUACACAAGGUGGGCACAUCGCGCGUCUUCGCCUUCUCGGCGUAUCUGGACACGCGCGACGAUGGGCAGCCCCUGCUCCGUGUCUUCGCCCUCGCUCCCCGUGGCCCGCCGUGGCCGUGGCCAUGGCAGUGGUCAUGGCCAUGGUGGUGGCCGCAGUGGUGGCGGCGGUCGUGUGAGAAGGCGAGCUGCAGGAUGUUCUACGGUGAUGCUGAGCCCAGGCGCGCCCUCUGCGUGGCCGCCACACCAAAAAUGCUGAGCAACCAUUACAACUUUGAGUUCGCAGUCUUCAACUUCCUGUGCCGUGUGCCCAAGGGGGAGGCCCUCCCGAGCCAUGUGGCGUUGGUGAUGGACGAGGAAGGUGGCGCCUCGUCUCCUUCCUCCACCUUCUCUUCGGUGCUGAUGCCGGUGCAGAACCGGGAGCCCUCCCCGCCUCGGCACCACUUUGGGGUCUGCCUCCCCACCCUCUUCGGCGGCUUCAGCGAUUCGCUGCUCCUCGUGCAGAAUAUGGAGUUAUACCGCCUGUUGGGCGCCGGCUUCGUCACCGUCUACAACACGAGCGUGAGCCCGCAGGUGGACGCGCUGCUGCGGCACUACACACGCUCGGGCUUCAUGGACGUGCAGCAGUGGCCAAUCACCGACUUCCUGAAACCGUCCACUGGCUGGGACAUCAAUGUGAACCCGGGUGACCUGCAAUACUACGGGCAGAUCGCCACCCUGAACGACUGCCUGUACAGGAACAUGUACCGGGCGCGGUACUUGGCCAUGCAUGACCUGGAUGAGAUCAUCAUCCCCAGGGACUGGCCCAACUGGCUCAAAAUGAUGGAGGCCCUGGCAGAGCACGGUGUGUCCGCCUACUACUUCCGCAUGCACAACUUCCCGGUGGCAGAGACGGCGACGCGGGUCUCAAGCUCGGGCCUUCGGGUGAAUGGCACCAACAUCCUGGACCACGUGGACAAGGUGAUGUACCCACCCGGCGACGUGGCCUCCAAGGUGCUGCUGCAGCCCCGUGGCAUCGAGUUCCACGACGUGCACCGCGUGCUGGCGUUCAGGCCGGGCCACGGUCUCAGGCGGGUGCCGGACUCGCAGGCCACGGUGCAGCACUACAAGCGCUGGCGGAAGGAGUGGGACUUCCCAAGCCAUGCUGAGCUCACACGUGACAUGAACCUGCUCAGAUACGCGGGGGACAUCGAGCGUGCCGUGAGGCGCACCCUCGAUGCCAUCGAUGAUGACCGCUCUGCUGAGCUGAGCUAAGAGAGGUUCCCCCACCAACACCAUGGGCCCUGCCUGCGGCCUUUGUUGGGGGACCUGCGUUGUGUUCAUGAUGCUGUUGAGAUGCAGGUGGGGGGGAACCUCUGUGCUGAGGUUCGAAUCGGACUCUAAACACCCUUUUGGUGUGUGCUAAAGAGUUGUCACUAAACUGUACGUGACUGCACUAGUUUGGGUAUGAGAGAGGGAUCUUUACAGAGAGCACUCGGGUCACAUUUGUCACUUGUAAGGGAAUCUUUAUUUACACCAUUGCCGCUCCUGUCUCCUUCCGUGUCCCCCCUCUUGGCCUGUUUGUUCCCAAUCUUCUGUCUGUCUCUCAAUUCUAUUUUUUAGUCCUCCCUCCUUGCACUGCUCCACUCGAAUAAACUUCCCCUGUACAUUAAGCAGAGACACUAUUCUUAACCCCCUUCCGUUCCUCUCUUAUAGGCUCGCCGCUUCUCCAUCGCUCAUUCCCUUCAUCUUCUUCACUCCCCACGCCCCUGCACUCCUUCCCAUCCCUCCCCUAUACCCCUUUUGUGAUCCCCAAGUACCCCUCUUUGGCUGUCACUCAUUACUCAAUCCUUGUAGCACGCCCGCUGUCAAAUACAUCAUUCCAUUCUGUGAUCGAUUUGUAAACUACAGUAGUUCCUCGAUUAAUUGUUUUUCGCCUCCCAUAGGGCCCUCAUAGUUUCCACUAACGUUACAAAUUUUUAUAUAAUGGUAUGUUUACGUUUUGCAUGCAGGCACCAAUUUCGGCCAAUCCGAGCGCUCGCAAGUGAGAUUGAGCCAUGCUCUCACCCAAUCAGUGACACCCAUUUAUGAGCGUUUAGACCUCGACUGGCUUUGUUCACAUUACGUUCUCUGUUUUGGCAGUGGAAACAGCUCUAGCAGACGCAGUGAUUUUUUUUUCAAUUUUUCAGCUCAUAAGUGAAUUCGAUGAACAGUUAUUUGGUUAACAGUAGUUUUCGUGGAACAGAUUGAAAACGUUAACCGAGAGACGACUGUAUAUCAAUGCUUUGAGUGAAAGCGCUCUAUGUAAAUAUAAAUUAGGUUAGGUGAAUGCAUGUGAAUAUAAAAAAAACCCGGGUUUGGCUCACAGCGAGCGGGAACAGAGACCUCGAACACUCGUGCAGGUGGAAGCUUGUUGCCUGUAGUCAUGGAAACAGAUUGUUUGAGCCAUCACGCCUGCCAGUGACAUUGUCGUGUGGACGUUUGUCGAAGACUCAACCUGACGACUUUGCAGCGACAACAGCAGCAGUAUCAUUAUUGUUGUGUUCAUUCAAUCUAAACGAGCUUUGAAUGAUGCAGAGUAAACAUCAAGGGAACUUUGCGUGGGUAUAAUGUAACUCUGUUGGGUCGCGGCAUGCUUGGAAAGUUACACUGUAAGUUAUGUUGAGUUGGUAAGCAGUCUCAUGCAGACUUUGUGAGUUUCAGAUCAUCCCCGCCAAGUCACUGAUGCCAACCACACCUCGUUAUCGCUUCCUUGUGCAAGACAUGGUGGUGAGAUGCACAUUCUUCCCAUGGCUGCGUGGAUUUUUCCACGGGCGCCCCGUUUUUUCCCCUCUACAAUUAGAAACGUGCAUUUAGAUUAUUCGGCUGCCAUAAAUUCCCACGUGAUGAUAUGUGACUUUGUUGCGCUAUCAUUUGGGAUAUGUAGGUCGCUUUUGAAAAUUAGUUAUAGCUCAGUGGGCCUUAGCUGGUAAAAUAUAGAUAUUGUUUUAAGGAGUUUAUUGUGAUAAUUUUUUUGUUGUAUGUGCUUUUUCGUUUUUUUUACAUUUCUUAAUUUGUUUAUUUUUAGAUUUUGCUUGGUAGUAGUAGGGGUUUAAUUUGCUCAGUAUGUUGUUUUUUUUUCACGCUGUACGUAGAUAAUAUUAAGCAGUUGGUGAGAUAUUAACUACCUUGCCUGGUAUGCAGGAGGUCGUGGGUUCAAUCCCACUCAUAACGCCUGCUGUAUAUUUGGAUUUUAAAUGUUCUCCCCGUGGUCGUGUGGAUUGUUCUCUGGGUCCUCCGAUUUUUAGCCUUCAAAUUUUUGAAUCAACAUAUGUUUAGUAGUAUUUCGCUACUAUAUUUUUUCACGUGAUGAUAAGCCACUUUCGUUGAGAUAUAAUUUGUGACCAUGUUUCUGAAAAAGAGUUACGUAAUUCAGUGGGGCCUUACCAAGUAAAAUAAAAUAGGGAAACACGUUUAAACUGCUCUAGUCAGCACAUUUACCACUUAGCAAUAGCAUCACUGUUGCCUUAGGUGUCCAAUCCGAGUACCCUUUAGGUACGGUGAUUAAAGCACCCUGAAUGCUCCCAAUCAAGUUGGAUCUCAGGAGCUAGGCACUAAAUGAGUAUUGGGACAGGUGACCACGAGUUCAAUCCAGGUGUUGUAAGGCAAUGGGCUGUUAGAUAUAAAGGUGCCAGGAGCUGGCACAUCACAGCAAUGUACGUGGGCCACAGACAUGCUGGAAAAAGCAAAACAUCCUGAAACCUUAUGUUAUAUAUGUGUAGAGCGCCUUAUUCCAAGGUGCUUUACGAUUGUAAAAUUAUAUUUGAGAUGACAGCCGUUGAAAUAAAGAGUUGAGGAUUGUUAUUAAAAGUGGUGGUGUAGUAAUAGUGACAGCGGGAGUUGUUAAGGAGGGGUAGUGGUAGGGGUUGGGGAGGUGAUAGGGGGUUGGGGUGGUGAUAGGGGUAGUGAUAGGGCGAGGGGUAGUUAUAGAGGUUGAGAUAGUGAUUGGGGUUGGAUCAACGACAGGGGUUACAGGUGUGAUAGGGGUCCAUUAUAGAGGUUUUGGGUUUAAUCAUGUAAAUAUAAAUGCGUUGUUAAACCCGCCACCACCUGAAAUAGCCAAUUAGUAAGAUUUGUCGUGUAAAAAAAACAUCAAUUCUUUACUAGUACAGCACACCGGUGUGUUGGAGAGUAAACCCGCAACAUUUAGAAUUCGAGUGUACAGUGAUGUUUCGCCAGUAAUUACAACUCGCAUCAUCUGGCGUGCUCAGUGAUAAUAACACUUUCGUACUCCCGUACAGAAGACUCGGCCCACUAUAGUGGAUAGCAGAGCCAUGCCAAUCAAAAUCAAUUAAACUCUGCCCACUGUUGUAGAGAUAUGCAACUACUGUACUAAAGAGCGAUCACGUGGAUUUCGGAUUAACUGGAGCAUAUAUUUACUCGGUUAAAGCACGUGACUUGUAAUAAACAAGAAUAACAAUGUAUAACUGUUUUAGAUAAUUAAUUUUGGCUUAAGGGACAAUCCAUGAGUUAAGUUAUGUCAAAAUCUCAGGUGUGUGGUUAUUACCGUACGUUUAGCCAGGUAAGAACUCACGAGACCAGGAAAGAGUCUCAAGGGCCACCUGAAAGUAACCUCACUGCAGAAAUAUAGACUGAGGGCAUCACUAAUACCCGGAUUGCGAGCGCAGCAGCUCCAACCUCGUCUCCCACCUCUGCAUUGCAGGAGUAUAGUAGAAUGAACUCAAGAGUACAGUACAUAAUACCGAUGUUAUUAUAAUUUUUUUAAUAUCUGUGAAACAAUGUUUACCAUCUGUAUUAUUAUUAUCGUCACUAUUACCUAUACCCCAAUGAAAAACUCAUAUCUCAUAUGAAAGAAAUAACGCUGUCGAGAAUGCAACCCCAUAUGUACGAUGGUACUAGCGCCUAGUCGGUGGCGGUUAUCACCAACAACGUUGCACGCACAUCGACCCUUACAAAUGUAAGGAAUAACGUCGGAUAAGGAUAAACAGUUAUCAUGUGUUGUAGGUUUGCACAGCUUCUGUGUUUCUUCAGUGAGUAAAUGUUCCUUUUUGGUGUAAUAAUUCCAUUAAUUGACCACGAAUUAAAAUUGACCUCCGCUUUCUGAGGGGAAAUGAUUCCUUAUUAAACACACUUUUGUAAAUAAACGUUUCUCACAAAUAAAACACUCUUUGUGAUUUCUCCCAAGUUUAUUCAAUGUAUUUAUUUACCACAGCAGAUCGAUGUCUAAGUUUGGCAACAUUUUAACAACGCAUCACUUCGCUCCACAGCACUCCUCCAAACCACCAUCAAAAACCGAACACGAAACCACGCGGGUUUGGACUGAGCUUUGUCAUCGACAGCACAACGCCUCUGAAAGAAACCUCCACUGAAGCGAUGCGUACAUUCGACUCCAAAGACAAAGAACUCCCCGUAUAGGCUGAACAUACGGUUGGGGCAAGUGCUGUUAGCGACACCACGCCCAGCCGCCGUUGUCUCCCCCAGGGGUAAUGUUCACACACCACA